AUGCUCGAGACUCAAUUUUUUGAACAACAAGAUGGUUCACGUAUUGCAUACAAGAUUCUUGAAUCGCGCAAGUUGGUAGAUAAAAAUGAGACUCCCCUUGUGUUCAUCGUAGGAUUGUGGGCUGUUAAAGAGGUUUAUAUGGAACUGGAUGAAGAAUUGGCCAAACAUCGAAAAGUAAUCUUGUUUGAUAAUCGUGGAAUGGGAGAAUCGAGUGUUCUUAAUGCUAAUGAUCCGAUCUCGAUUGAUUUGAUGGCGCAAGAUACGAUUGAAUUGAUUAGGCAUCUUGGAAUUAAACGAUUUAAUCUGUUGGGAUACUCUAUGGGAGGUUCUAUUGCACUUAGCGUUGCCUUGAACGUUCCAUCGGAUCUUAAACUAGAGAAACUGAUUCUUUGCGCAUGGCAUCUUGAUUUACCGAAAAGCGUCCAAGAACAAAAGGACGUGAUGAUAAAAAGUCUUGAAAAAAGCUCUUCUGAUUAUCUGCUUAAGCAUCCGGACAAGCUUGAUAAAUUGACGAAAGUCAUGUUCAACACUCAUCGUCCAUUUGAGAUUUUCAAACGACAGUGGGAAGCUAUGAAACUUAUGGAUCUCGUUUCGGGAUUCCCAAAAAUCAACGUGCCAACUUUGAUAGUUCAUGGUGAAGACGACGAACUAGUUCCUAUUCAGCAAAGUGAAUUGCUUGCUCGUGAAAUUCCUAAGAACAAAUUCACGAGGAUUCCAAAUGUUGGACACAUGUAA